CUUCUCCUAAGUGAACUUUUGCCAAAAGGUAGUAUCAGUGGACAGCCAACUCUGGUGCCACCAACUGGUUAUUUCUGUCCCAAUGUCAACGUCACUUACACUUGUCAUGACAGUAAUGUAACCUCAAUGACAUGGUUUGCUGAAAACAGAAACCGAGGAAUCCCGUAUGUACCAGGAUUUACCAGUAAUGAAUCCAUGAAGAAAUAUGACAGUUUCUACACACAAGCUACCAAUUUCAGUGUGGAU